UUUUCGCGCCAAGUAAUAUUGUGAAGUAUAACAAAAAUAAAAAAAACCGAAUGAAUAAAUUCCAGCUGAGUUUGUUUGGUUUGACACUAAUUAAUAUUACAAAGAAAAAAUAUUACGUGCAAAGAGUUAAGUGAUAUAAACAGAAGUGAAACCGCUUCACAAUAACUUUGUUCGUGCGUGAAUUUAAAGUUAACAAAAAAUGGAUGAAUGUGAUGAAUUGUCGCAGUUGGAACAAUUACUGUGUGCCGAUUUAAAUGGGGAGCCUGUUGAAAGUACCAAAAUCGUAAAAGAAGUAAAUAUUUUUGACAAAAUAGACAUUGAUGAAAACACACCUCAAGUAGAAAGUGCUCCAACAAAAGCUUCUGUAGUUCAUAAUGGAGACACGGAUUCAUCUGAUGACGAAGAAAAACGUAAUUAUACGGAACGAAAGUACAACGACUAUGGCUCUGAAGUUAAAAAAAUAUUGGAUAAUAGGGAACAUGAGCAAAAAGAGAAAUUAGUUGAUUUUGAAACAAGGCUACGACAAGCCAAUAUUGAUGUUAAAGUGGAACACAAGAGGUCUUUUCUUAAAAAACCUGAACCUGUGUCUGAGAAAAAUACAUUUUGUGUCCCUGAUACAAAGUCUAAACAAGCAGCUGAUGUUUAUACUGAUCCCAUAUUUGGUCUUAGAAUCACAAAACCCUUAAUAUCUAGUUCAGCACUUUUAGACCGUAUGCAAGGUAGAGAAGCAGUAAAUAUGUUAAGAGUAAAGAGACAUGUAGAGAACGAAGAUUUAUCAAAAGAUUGGGUGAUUGCUGGAGUAAUAGUAAAGAAGAGUGCAGCCAAAAAGUCUCAAAAAGGUAAUCAGUUCCUAAUCUGGACAUUGAGUGAUCUGAAAGAUGAUAUGAAAACAGUAUCAAUGUUUUUAUUUAGAAAAGCUUACAAUGAAUUGUGGAAAACAAUGGAAGGCACUGUUGUAGCUGUGUUAAACCCAAAUGUGUUAGACCGAUCACAAAAUAGCCAAGAUCAGGCUUGUCUAAGUGUAGAAAAUCCUGAUAGGGUUAUGCUCUUAGGACAGUCAAAAGAUUUGGGAAUGUGUAAAAGCAAGAAGAAAAACGGUGAACCAUGUACAGCUUUUGUCAAUUUGAGUAAAUGUGAACAUUGUAUUUACCAUGUGAAACAAGAGUAUCAGAAAUAUUCAAGAAGGCAGGAACUACAAUCACCCACUAUGGGUAAAGGGCUUGUAAAUUUGCAAAACAAAGUUUUAGGGAAAAAUACAGUGAUUUAUGGUGGGAAAGCAUAUUCAGCUCUUCCAACUGGAAACCAAAAGAAAGUCAAAGAGAGAGACCAGAAUAGGCUUAUGACGUUAAGUGAUUACUACAAAUCUGAAGGGGACAGUUUAAUGACAAAUAAAGCUCCUCUUGGAGCUGGUCCCUUUAAGAAAACUGAUAUUUUACAUAGUCCUACAACACAAAGAACUAAUGACUUAGAAAGAUUAAACAGACUGAGUGGUUUGAACUCUAGUCCACAAAGUUCCAAGACACCUUCAGCAAAUCAAAGUUUAGCUGAAAAAGUUGCAUGUUCACCAAAACUUGGCAAAGGAUUUAGUUUGAAAGGAAGUGGAGAUAUUGAUUUGAGUGUAUCCUAUGGGCAAAAGUCAGCUGCAAGAGCCAAAGAGAAUGCAAUCAAGUUAAUCCAACAAAGUGGAGGCAUUAAAAAAGUAGAUCCAAAUAAUAUAAAAGGUACGGAAUCAGGAAAGAAAAGGGCAUUAGAAAAGUUGAACAAUUCAGGCAGUGAAGAGAAUGUUAGUAAGAAACUGAAACCAAAUGAAGAGAGUUUUAAUAAAAAACAUAAAGGUGUAAUGUCCGAAAGAUUCAAGAAGAUUUUAGAAGCCACAUCAGCUCAUCAGAAUUUGAUUGAGCAGCAUGAUGAUGAUGAGCAAGAUAAAUACUUCAAUAAACUUGAGAAGAAAGAAGCUAUGGAGGAGAAAAUGUUGAAUACUUUUAAGCUGGCUUGCAAGGCCGUCAGGUGUGUCAAAUGCAAGUACACGGCAUUUUCAGCGGCACAGUUGUGUAAAGAUGAGAGACAUCCUCUGAAAGUAUUGGAUUCCUUCAAGAGGUUCUUCAAAUGUGCAGAUUGUAACAAUAGAACUGUUUCACUAGAAGUGAUUCCUUUGCAUUCUUGUAGCAACUGCAGUGGCUCACGAUGGGUCAAAGCUCCAAUGCUCAGAGAAAAGAAACUUGAGACCUUAUCAGAAGGCCUUUCCAUAAGGGGUGAAGAGGAAACAUUCAUUGGUGGACAAGUCAAUAAAGGAAAGAAUAUUAAUUUGUUAGUGCCAGAUAAUUAAGAUUAUGGAUUUACUAUUUUAAGACUAUUUAAAACUAAUUUAAAAUGUGCAUGAAGGUUUACAAUAAAAAUCAUUAUGAAAAUAAAGCAUAAUAUAAUUUUAUUAUGAAACUUCCAGUCAAUAACACUGAACCAUUCCAUAAAACACAAUGUGUCUUCGAUUUUUAAAUACAAGACCAUUACAAUAAUCUUUUGGAGUGGAAUAAAUUGCGGGCUUUAUAUUUUUUACACAGCCUUUACAAUAAAUUACUACAUGUUACAAAAAUGAUCAGUGGAGCUAACAAUAACAUGUGACACCAAUGUAUUUGUGGUACACAAAUUUAUUUACAAACAUAUACUGGGCAGUGGUUUGGUCAUGGAAAAUAUCCUGAUUAAUAAGAACAAAAUCAGAACUCGUAAAUUCCUAGCAA